AAAUAAAUUCUCCUCAAAGGAGAGAUAUCAACUUCACAAAAACAAAUGACAGAAACAGUUGACCAUUAGAUACACACUUACCCAAUUAAUGGUAAAAACAGAUACUUAUGUCCCUCCCUCUCCCUCUCCCUCUCCCUCUCCCAGAUGAUUCAUCUUCCUUGUUUAAUCCCUCCUUAACCUCCUCUUAUCUUCUUUCCUGGCUUCCCAUCCCAACCUAACUCUCUCUCUCUCUCUCUCUCUCUCUCUCCCUAAACCACCAUUUCCAACCUUUUCUGGGCUCCAAGUCCUUGUACAAAAAAUGAACAGCACAACCCCAGAAUCCACAGAUGUCCCAGAAAACCCACAAUCCUUCGGCUAUGGCAUGGGACUCUCCCUUGGAGUCCUCUUACUAAUCAUCGUCAUUACAUAUGCUUCCUACUCCUUCACCAGCAUGCGCCUCCGCGCCCCCUCCUCCUCCUCCUCCUCCACCACCACCACCACUGAUAACGACUCCAUCGCCGCCGCCACCGAACAAGGCCUCGACGAAGCCACCCUCCGCAACUACCCGAAACUACUCUACGCGGAAGCAAAGCUCCACAACCGGGACUCCUCCACCGCCUACGGCUGCUCCAUAUGCUUGGGAGAUUACAAGAAUUCGGAUAUGCUCCGCUUGUUACCGGAGUGCGGCCACCUCUUCCACCUCCGGUGCAUUGACCCCUGGUUAAAAUUUAACCCGACGUGCCCAAUUUGUCGAAGCUCACCGGUGCCAACUCCCCUAGUAGUAACUCCUAUGGCCGUGGUGGUCCCAAUUCAUGAUUUUAAUCAAGAUUAAACUGACACACCAUCAUGUGUGAUUAGUUUGUUACUCAUGAAAGAGUACAGAAGAUUUUCUGACGGAGAUGCGAGAUCAAGGAAUGGAGCCCUACAAAGGUGAAGUUUAUUGUAGACUUUAAAUAUAUGUAUAUUUUUUUCCACACAUCUGUAGAAUGUUUUGUAAAAAAAUUAUUUGUGCUAUUAGUUUUCACGAAUUGUUUUGUUUUCAAUUGAAAAUUUAACCGGAUUAGACAGUUAAAGGCUC